AGACAAGUGCAGUUUUGUGAGUGAAACGCCGCAUCCAUUUAUUAUUUUCGGUAUAAAUUUCAUUUUUGACACUUGCAUUUAAAUAAAAUAAACAAAACAUAUCACAUGUAAUACAUAUAUACACUGCCAAAUAAACUAUAUAAUCGCCAACAUUAUAAAACCAAACUCAAUAAAAAAAAUACACAAAAUAUAAUCAAAAACCAAUUAACACAAAAAUUCCAACAACAAAAUAUAAUGUAGUGUAAUUGCAUUUUUGUUGGUCGUCUCUCGUUAAAUAUCAUACAAAAAGCACUACAACGCACCCCAUCGCAUCCGACUAGACUUAGAAAAUAUUUUUAUCUCUCUUCGACUGCCACGAUUAUAUCACAACGCAUUCAAUCGCAUCACAAAGGACUUGUAAAAAUUCUCUACUCUAAAAACUUCCAUUUUGCAGCGUCGGACACAAUCGACUUGUGUCUUUUUCUGAUUAUUCCACAGUAAAGACGUGUGUUCUCCUCGUUUUUUUUAUUAUAUUUUAUGCUGUGUGUGGCGCUGUCUGUCUCUCUGUGCGACGACGACGAUAGCAGCAAAAGAAGGAAAAAGUAGUAAAAAAUUUUCUAAGUUCAAAAAAUUCAUUGACUUAGAAAAUUUUCACACAAAAAUUUCUUUCUUCAUAUAAAGUAUAAAAAAGCACUUAAUCAAAAAUCACAGUCUUUUUUUUUGAAAAUGAGUUCUGAAUUAAUUGAAGAUGUUCCAAUUUCUUCAGGAGAUCCCCAAUCGGCCGCAGAAAACGGAGGUGAGACCACUGGCCAACUUAAUGGUGUAAGCAACGGUCAUGACCAUAGUAGCAGCAAACAUAAGUCAUCCAGCAAAGACAAGUACAGAGACAAAGAUCGUGACCAUAAGAGUUCGAAAAGUAGUAGCAGCCGCGAUAAAAGUUCAUCAGAUAAAAAACAUAGUUCAUCGUCCAGCGGCAAAGACAAGCAUAGAGACAAGGAUCGCGAUAAGAACAGGGAAAAGGACAGGCAACGUGAAAAAGAUCGUGACAAGGAUCGCAGUGAUAAGGAUCGCAGCGAUAAGGAUCGUAGUGAUAAAGAUCGCAGUGAUAAGCACAAGUCAUCGUCAUCAUCUCAUAAAUCAUCAACACGCGAUAAGGACAAGGAACGUGAAAAAGAUCGCCAAAGAUCGGAUAAGAGCAAAAGUAGUAGAGAUGACAAAGACCGUGAAAAGAAUGGCGAAAAAGACAAAGACCGCGAACGUAAUGGGGAACGUGACAAAGACAAGGAUCGCCGAAAAGAUCACAAAAGUAGCAGCAGUUCGAACAGCAAAUCUCGUUCUGAUUCCGAUCGCCACAAGAGCUCAUCAUCGAGUUCUAAAAACAAACAUUCCAGCAGCAGCUCUUCAUCAAAACACAGAUCAGGAGAGAAAAGUUCGAGCAGCAAGGACCAUCAUCAUUCUUCUAGGGAAGACAAAUCUCAUGAACAUCAUAAUAAUGGUGAGAGCAUGAAAGAACCUCUUCCAAAUAAUGAUUAUAAUGAAUCUUGUUCAGGAUUUGAUAAUUCCAUUGUUAAGGAUGAAUCGAUUUCUAUUAAAAGAGAAGAGGUCUUCAAUAUGUCUCAGGCUAGUUCUUGUGAUUAUUCAAUGAGUCAGUUUAAGAAGGAUGAACCGCAAUUCGAUAUCAAGGAAGAAGCUUCCGAUAAUGAAAAUGAGGCGAAUGCUUCUGGCAACAAUCGACAGGAGAUUAUGGAUAUGGAAGACGAAGAUGUUGAUCCACUAUCUAUACCCAAUUCGAAUUCGAUAAAAGAAGAGGAGGAAGAAGACGAUGAUGAUGACGUGCCUUUGAUGAAGCGUAAAUCAACAGCAAUUAAUGUGGAUGAAGACAGUGAAGAGGAUGUACCGCUGUUGCAAAAGAAAAAACAAAAAGUCUCCAAAAAGGAAAAAGAGAAAAAAGUUGAAAAGAAGAAAGACAAGAAAGUAAAGCGUGAAAUCAAAGACGAAGAAGAUGAUUAUGAUGAGAAACCACUUAAGAAAAAGAUAAAGAAGGAAAUCGCACCAGUUACUCAAACAUCUCCAACUAAAAAGAGGGGUAAGGCUGGCGUUAAGCAAGAAGAACCAGAAGUUUGGCGUUGGUGGGAAGAAGAAAAGCGUGCCGAUGGUGUCAAAUGGAAUACACUCGAACACAAGGGUCCCGUCUUUGCACCGCCCUACGAACCACUGCCCAAAAAUGUUAAAUUCUAUUACGAUGGCAAAGAAAUGAAACUUGCCACUGACACCGAAGAAGCGGCAACCUUUUAUGCCAAAAUGUUGAAUCAUGAUUACGUGACUAAGAAGCAAUUUAAUGAAAAUUUCUUUAAAGACUUUCGAAAGACAAUGACCUCGAAGGAGAGAGACAUUAUAAAGGACUUGAAGAAAUGCAAUUUCCAAGAAAUGUUUCAAUAUUUUACCGCCGAAUCAGAGAAACGUAAAAAUGCCUCCAAGGAAGAAAAGGCUGCUCGCAAAGCAGAAAAUGAGGAACAGAUUAAAGAAUAUGGUUUUUGUAUUAUCGAUGGGCAUAAGGAAAGAAUUGGUAAUUUCCGUCUGGAACCGCCAGGUUUAUUCCGUGGUCGUGGCGAACAUCCAAAAAUGGGCAUGAUUAAGAGACGUAUUGUUGCCGAAGAUGUUUCACUGAAUUGCUCAAAGGAUAGUAAAGUUCCAGUCCCACCGCCCGGACACAGAUGGAAGGAUGUACGUCAUGACAACACAGUCACUUGGUUGGCUUCGUGGACAGAAAACGUUCAAGGUCAAGUCAAAUACAUUAUGUUGAAUCCUUCUUCGAAAUUGAAGGGUGAAAAGGAUCAUGUUAAAUAUGAGACAGCCAGACGAUUAGACAAAGUUAUUGAUAAGAUUCGUUCAACAUAUCGUGAUGAAUGGAAGUCAAAGGAAAUGCGAGUGCGACAAAGAGCUGUUGCAUUGUAUUUCAUUGAUAAGUUGGCUCUGAGAGCUGGUAAUGAAAAAGACGAAGAUCAGGCCGAUACUGUGGGUUGUUGUUCGUUGCGUGUGGAGCAUGUUAGCUUGCAUAAGCAGUUGAACGGCAAAGAAAAUGUUGUUGUAUUUGAUUUCCUUGGUAAGGAUUCGAUUCGUUAUUAUAAUGAAGUUGAAGUAGAGAAGAGGGUCUUUAAAAAUUUGGAAUUAUUUAUGGAAAAUAAAAAGGAAGGAGAUGAUCUAUUUGAUAGACUUAAUACUCAAGUCUUGAAUGAACAUUUAAAAGAACUUAUGGAUGGUUUAACUGCAAAAGUAUUCCGUACGUAUAACGCUUCAAUAACAUUACAAAAUCAAUUAGAUUUACUGACGGAUUCGGAAGCAACAAUUCCCGAAAAAUUAUUGGCAUAUAAUCGAGCUAAUCGAGCUGUAGCUAUUUUGUGUAACCAUCAGCGUUCAGUGCCAAAAUCACAUGCCAAAAGUAUGGAAACAUUAAAAGAAAAGAUACGUCUAAAGAGAGAACAAUUGGAAGAUGCUGAAAGCGAGUAUCCCGAACUAAAGAGAGCUGGCAAAAGAGGUUCAGUUAAGGAGAAAUGCAUGGCUGACAAGAAACUCAAAACAAUUGAACGCUUGAAGGAACAACUUAAAAAAUUAGAAUUACAAGAGACUGACAGAGAUGAAAAUAAAUCAAUUGCAUUGGGUACAUCCAAAUUAAAUUAUCUCGAUCCUAGAAUUUCAGUUGCAUGGUGCAAAAAGAAUGGUGUACCUAUUGAAAAGAUUUUCAAUAAGACACAAAGAGAAAAAUUCAAUUGGGCCAUUCACAUGGCAGAUGAAAAUUAUCGUUUCUAAGUUUUUUAAAUUAUACUUCAUGCCUAGCAGUAUAAAUAAGCUUAUACACGAAUUAUUUAAAAACAAAAAAAAAAAAAUAUAUUCAAUUAUCGAAUAUAAAAUAAAAAUAGCCACCAAUCAACACCAAAACGUAUGGAAUUUACGUUAAAAAAAAAAAAACUAAUUUCCCCUUUUUAGACAUUUCACAAAAAAAAAAAAAAUAAAAACGACUUAGGGUUCUUUUUUUUUUAUUAUUAUAAUUAUAAUAAGAAAAAAUUAGUAUCAUUGCACACAACUAUAAAACAAAAUUUAUAUAAAUUAACUAUAAAUAAGAAAUAACUAGUAGAUAUAUAUAUAUAAAUAUAUUUUAUUAUAAUAUGUCCUAUACAUUAUUUUUAAGAACAAGAAGAACCACAAAAUAAUUAUGAUGUAGUUAUUAUGUUUUCAAAAAAUAAAUAAAACAAAAAUCAUACACAAUAAAACAGGCAAAAACCUUCCUUAGUUAAUUUAUAAAAAAACACAAAAACAAUAAACUAAAUUAAAGAAAACACAGCGAAAUAAUAAUAACAAAAAUAUGAAAUAGGAAGGAUUGUGUGUAAAAAAUCCUGUGCAAUUAUUAAUGAAAUAUUAAAUGCAUUACUGUGUAUUUGACUUUGUAUAUUUUAAGUUUAGUUCGAUUUAUUACAAAUUAAAACAAAAAAAUAAACUGAUUAUGCUGAAUUUUCAAAAAAAAAACAACAACUUAGAAAAAUUUGUGAAGAAAAUUGAAAAAAAAAAAUAUGACUUUAAAAAAGAAAAAUAUGAGAAUGAAGUAACGUUUUUUUUUCCAUAUAAAUGCAUACAAGUAGAAAAAAAUGAAAACAAUUGAGUUUUAUAAAUAACUUAUAAAUAAAAAAAAAAAAACAAAAAAUAUAUAAUAUAAUCAUAAAAAAAAAAAUAAAACGUGUCGUAUCUUAAGACUUUUUCAAUUAAAAAACAAAAAAAAAAAAUAAUUGACUUGUAGGUGAAAAUUAGUAGAAAGAUAUAUUUGGGGAGGAGGUAUCACACUCUCAUUUUGCACCCAAUUCUUUUUCCAAAAGAAAUACAUUAAUAUGCAUACAUUAUUUACAUUUGUGUAUUAAUAUAUUUAUUGGGAAAACAAACAAAGAGCUCAGAUCAGAGAGAAACUCUUGUGGGGUUUCUUUUGAAAGUUUUCAUUUUAAGGAUUUUUUUUUCAUCAUCAUAGAAUACAAGAUAAUAAAAAAAACAAAACGUUUUAUGAAAUAAA